AGCCUAUUUAUUUUUGUUACAAGCCGUGUUUUGUUAAAGCCUAUUUAUUUUUGUUACAAGCGGCAUUUCGUUAAAAGGCCUAUUAAUUUUUGUAACAAGCCGUGUUUCGUUUAAAGGCUGUGUAAAGUUAAUUUGUUUCAAUGUACCGGUAGGCACCUGCUGCUGCACUUAAUAGUCCAGAAAUUACGGUACUUCAGCCACAGGCAGAUACACUCCGGGGAAUGUUCUCAGCCUACGGGUUAGUUGAGGAGUGUGUUUCAAACAAUGGGCCACAGUUGGAUUCAAAAGAGAUGGAGACAUUCUUCCAGUUGAAUGGGGUGAAACACAUCCAGUAGUCUCUGUAUCAUGCAGCUUCAGAUGGCGCCCAGUGCGACUUGUACAGAAUCUAAAACAGGCUCUAGAGAAGGACAAGUCAUCAGGACGGUCUGUACAGCAUAGUGUGGACAACUUUCUGUUUACCUACAGGAAUACGCCACAUGCCACAAAUGGAAAAAUUUCAGCCGAGUUGUUCCUAAAACGACAGGUUAGAACAAGGUUAUCACUGGUUAAACACAGUUUUUCAGCUGACAUGCAGUCGUUGGGACAAACAGUGCUUGUCCGAGAUUACUUGGGAGUAGAGAGAAAUGGGUACCCGGGGUUGUGAAAAGGGUACUUGGUCCUGUAACCUACUUAGUGCAGACUGAGGGGAAACUGUGUAAGACGCAUGUGGGUCAAAUGAUGAUGCAACACAAUGAAAGAGAAGACCUGAAUGUGUCAGAGUGGAACGUUUCUGAUUGGGACUUGGGAAUUACGACAGGCACACAUACAGAGACACUGAUUGUGCCAGGCCGUGAGCCUGAGGGCCCAGAGCGUCGAGAGGCCAAAAAGAGUAAGAAGGCCUCCGGACCAAUUGGAUCUGUAAACAGGUUGUAUAUUAGUUGAUAAGUGAAAAACUGUUUUAGAAAACCCAUGAUGUUCAUCAAGGAUGUUUUCAGAGGAAGUGAGAAUUUGUGGAGAAGUGUGGUGUAUUGAGAAAUGUGUUAAUGAGUUUAGAGGAAGUCACAGUGAUGCCCGAAACGUUGGUAAAUAUCCAUUACAUUACUGGGAGAUGACACAGUGGAGUGUGCGAAUUUCUUUAUUUUGAUAGCUUAAUGAGUUUAUAUGUAAAAAUGGUUGCAAAUAGUCAAUGGGAUUUGUAUGCAGGGGUUGAGUUAUUUGAAUGAACAAAUGAUAAUGGGGUUUCUGGUCUUGCAUUGAAGUGUUUGGAUUAGGAGAUGAAAGGGCGGUAAAAAUUCAAUGAUGUAUUGGAGAGUUGGGCUGAAGACACUGUAGAGAGUAGUCGACUAAUGUGUUAAGGAGAAUAUUAAGUAAAUCUCUUCCGUUUAUUAUAAGUACGCUUCGGAGUCUUCAGUAAAAGAACCCAGCAUCUUAGGAUGCAACAGUAUCGUCCAUCAAUAAACUGUAGCCUAGUGAAGCGAGUCACACCCUGAGUUGGAGGCGCGCCAGAGAGGACAGGAGAACUGAAAGUAUAGCUGUCACGUCAAUUUAUAUGGUUCCCAUGACUUGCUAUCAGCAGAAGUGCCUGUGAGUCUGGAAAGAUGGAUAUGUUCAAAACUGUUCUUAAAAUUGUUCAGAAACAGCAGACUAGUCUCGGGUUUGGUUUAGUUGCGUUGUUAACUGCAGGCGGGGAACAGAUAUUCUCGUCAGUGGUGUUCAAAUGUCCUUGCAGUGGCUGGAACUUUUCCUACGGCAUGGUGUUUCUCUUAGUGCCUGCUCUGGCGCUGUUGGUGUUAGGUUACGUCAUGAGCAAUAAAACAUGGAAAUUGUUUACAGGUUUGUGUUUACGCAAAUCCAAAUUGUGUCGUUUUAAAUAUUUUUGCGCCUGUGUGGUGGUCUUCUUUCAGAUCACCACAACAGCAGUCGUUGCACCUUUGAGUUGGAUUGCAGUCGCUUUGCUCAAUGGCAAUUACUUUGAAUGCGCCAUGACUGGUAUCAAUGUAACUGUUUUCACCAACCACCUUUGCGAUGGGAAGAGUCCGCAGUGCCAGGAUGAACUUUAUAAAUUCCCCUGUGGGAGAGCCACCCACGUGCCACAAUCUGACAGCAAUGAUGUGCUGGCAACCCUCCACGCUGAGUCGCAGGUCCUGGGUUGGCUACUGAUCGCCUCCAUCAUGGUCUUCAACCUCCUGCUGACCUGUGUUGCCCGGUGUAACUCCCCAGUCAGCUACCUGCAGCUGAAGUUCUGGAGGGUCUAUGUCCAGCGGGAGAGCGACCUGCUGGAAAGCUACACGGCAGAUCACGCCGAAAAGCUUGCAGAGAGGAACCUGAAGAGCUUCUUCCAGCAGAUGCCUCCAGAGCCUGUCACGACCCCACCUAACCAGGCCUGGGAGAAGAUCUCGUCCCUCUACAGGUUCAGCACCAGAGACCACUACUACAGCAUCCUGCACAAGUACGUGGAGAAGUGCCAGGACCCUGCAGAGGCCAGGGACCACAGAAUGUCAUCUGUCAGGUCAGACGGUCCAGACACUGCUAAUCCGUCUGUGCUCACCUUUGUGGAUGAGGGCAAGAUGAUGCUGUGAAUGGGCAUGCAUAUGAUCAUAGGAACAGCGGUGACAGCAUUACUAUCAUGACUCUAUCUGUAACCAUCCUCAUUACUUUUAGCGUCAAAGUUAUGACUCAUUAUAGAGGAUUGUUGUCAUGAUUAUACUCUUCGUCGUCAUCAUCAUGAUUAUCGCUGUGCGUCAGGGGAUUUUUCAGUAGAAAGACAAAUCACAUCUGAUUAACCACUCUCAGGUCUUUGCUUCAAUAACAAUGCUUCCCAAUUUUAUAUUGUGCUCAGGAGGGAUUUUUAUUAAUUUUUUAAAUAGUUGAUCAUACUUUCUUUCUCUUUCACUUUUCUGUUUAGUAUUUUUAUGCUCCUCAGACUUGGCCUGAGUGGUCAGGUGGUCUGUGGCAUUAGGUGGCACUCAGGUGGUCUGUGGCAUUAGACAGGAAACGCAUGGUCUGGUUCUAUUAAAUAAGGAGCUAGUUUGUGCACUGCAAAACACUUUCAAUAAAAGCCUGUUACCAGUGUA